AUGACUGGCUCUUUGCCGCACAAGGCUCGCCGCAGGGGGCCUAAGAAGCCGUCGCCUACUUCGUCCCAGACGACCAUCGUCCACGUCACGUCGUCCACCAAGGGCGAUGCUGUCGCCAAAGCGCCGCUGUUCCCGCUGGCCUCGUUCAUGUGGGCCGCGCGUGGCUCCGCUUCCGAAUGGGAGGUCCUGCCUCUGAUUCUCAUGGUUGUCGGCCUCUUCAGGUGGGCUGCUGGUCUUUGGGGCUACUCUGGCUACCACAGAGGCCCGCUGUUCGGCGACUACGAAGCGCAAAGGAACUGGAUGGAAGUCACGACGCAGGUCCCCGUCUCGCAGUGGUACUUCCAUGAUCUGCAACACUGGGGGGUUGGGACUACCCCGCCCCUGACGGCAUACCACAGUUGGCUCGCCGAAAAGCUCGACACCGACGCCUUCUACUACCCUCUCGUCGAGCAGCUCCUUCAGAUGGUGCACCGCAUCUUCCCCUUUGCGCGCGGACUCUUCGAGGACAAGGUUGCCAACUUCUGGUGCGCCCUCAACGUCGUGGUCAAGCUGCGCAACUUCGCCCCCGAACUGCAACAAAGGGCCGCGCUCGCGUUGACGCUGGCAUCAAUCAUCCCAGCAAACCUUGUCCUCUUCUUCCGCCCUCGCAAGCACCUUUUGCCCCUCGGCUUCGCGGCGACGGCAUGGGGCUUCUUCCUUUUCAGCUUCCAGGUCCACGAGAAGAGCGUCCUUCUACCGCUCAUGCCCAUGACUCUCCUCCUCGCCGGCAAGCAGGGUCUCUCGAGGGACACGCGCGCUUGGGUCGGCUUUGCCAACAUUUUGGGUGCCUGGACCAUGUUCCCUCUUCUCCAGCGCGUCGAUCUACGCGUUCCGUACGCCGUCCUGACCCUGCUCUGGGCCUACCUGCUGGGUCUCCCGCCGACAUCGCUGAGCGCAUACUUCCAAGAGGGCCAGUCAGCCUGGGUCCAGUGGGGAACAGCUCUGGUGCAUGGCGUCUUCUACAUCGCCAUGGCGGCCUGGCACGUCGUCGAGGCGACGGUGCGCCCCCCAAUCGACAAGCCUGACCUUUGGACUGUCGCCAACGUUGGCGUCGGCUGCGUCGGCUUUGGUCUGUGCUAUCUGUGGUGCAUGUGGCAGCUUUUCGCGCAAAGCGGACAGCUACCUGUCAAGGCUAGCAGCAAGUCGAAGAAAAAGUCGUACUGA